AAAGAAGGCAGGUUUCCAGGGGAACAUAACCCUAUCCAUCCUCUUCUACUGGCAGCAAAGCAAAGCAGCCCUAGAAAUUACACUAUUCCAAAACACUGCAAUGUCUCGUCGAGAGGGUCGAGAUUCCGACUCUAGACGACACCGUUCUGGGUUCGACCGUGAACCCAGCCCUAAGAGGUCUAGGAGAGACGGGAAACCUCAGACUGAAAGGCAGGUCUCCAGCGCUGACGUCGGAGACAGGCCCGACCAGGAGGAGAAACAGCGCCGUCGGUUGCAAGAUGCUGUACCCCUUGAGGCGGCUCCGACACCUCCUGAUUCUUCUAAGAUUGAAACUGUGAUUGUUGGUAAGGAUUCCGAUAGGAAAAACAAUGGACAACAUGAAGGAACCAAGCAUUCUUCUGAUCCAACUGAAGUGCCCCGCUCCCGAUCCUAUUUUCAGCACGAUGAACGUGGUAUUGCCGCACAAGCUGGUCGAAGUUAUGGUCGGAGAGUGGCUUCUGAGCGUGGAGAGCGUGGAUGGUGGAGGGAUGCAAAGGAUCAUCAUAGUGAAAGGGAAACUAGAACAUAUGACACGAGGCAAAGAGACGAGAAACCACAAGCCAGAGGUGAUAGCAAAGAUGAUUGGCGCCAUGAUAGAUUCUUUGAAAUGGAGGCUGAUCCACCGGCACAGCCACCACCCUCCAGGAAACGACCUGCAUUUAGUGAGAAGAAGAUCCCUGCAGCAGCUCAAAGUGCUGACCUCACAACAAAGGAAUCGGAGAAGUCAAGCCAUUCUAGCCACCAUGUAUUAGGAAGUGAAAGAAGAGUGGACAGGGACCGCCACCCCCGGCAUUUGGACAGACCGGAUAGACUCACUGCUGGAGAUCAGGUUCCGAGCAGAAGAGAAGCACCCAGAGGUGGAUUUUUAUCGCAUGAAAGGCAUGGAGGUGGUGGUGGUAGCAAUUUCAGGGGAAGAGAUCGAUUCAGUGGAAGGCAGGGGUAUCGCUCAGGUGGCCCUCGUGUUGAGAAGUGGAAGCAUGAUUUGUAUGAUGAGGCGAACAAGAGUCCUCCCAGAAAGAAUGAAGAGGAUCAGAUCGCAAAGGUGGAAUCACUCUUGGCAUCAUAGAGCUUAAGUUAUACCAUUAAGUGGCCCUUUGAUUUAAUCAUCAAAUGGCAAGUCUGGAGCCAUUUCCCGUACUCCAAUUUUUUGUUUCUUUUUUUAAGUUGUAUCCUGGUGCAAGGUUAGUUUGUUCAUCUGUUUAUGAUUGCAACUCUUUUGGUAGUAGUGGAAUGAUAAAAUUGAACAA